CCCUUGUGGUUCUCCUUGCUCGCCCUUAAAACCCUGACGUCAGACCUCGAUUUUUGCCGAUCAUUAAUAAAGAUAGAAUUUGGCUGUAAGAGGUAGUAAGUAAGCAAUGUGCGGACAUGACGAGGAUGACUCCCCAACGCUUAAAUGUUGUUUACGUUUCCAACCAAUACCAACUUGAACUAAGAUGGGCAAAAUCCUUUCUAAGAACUAUUCAAGUACUUAGCAACUACUAUUCAAGUUCGGAUGGAUCCACGCAUCGCAUACAGCAGCUACUGUUGACUCCAACAUAAAAACGGCUUACUAGUACUCUGAUUUAGCAAGUAGCCACUCCUGGUAGUUUUUACUUCAGAAAUACAAAUAGAUCCUCAAUGAGCACAUACUUCAGAGAUAGGUCCUCACGUCAGGGAAAUCUUAGGCACGGUGCCGAAUACAUAGUUCAAAUCAUCAAGUACUUUAUUGAAGGACAUCCUAUCUAGCUAUUUGCGCUGCAAAGUAAGAAUCUUCAUAAGCGCGCCAGCACUGCUCAAGUACUGAGCACCUAGCUACUGCUUCAGUUUAAGUGCUCCAACAGACGAAUCCCCUCAAUUUAUUCAAGGCACAACUACUCAGUUUACCCCUGCUCAAAUGUAUUUAAGUCACAACUACCGUAGUCGAAGUUGAGACUUGAAACUUGUAGUAGAACUAUAGACUCAAGUCAUCUCUAUUAAAGGACAUCCUAUCUGACUACUCAAGUUUGUAACGAGUACUGGUCAACAACACGUACUUGACAGGUAAUGUUUAAGUGCUCAGCAAGUUUCAGUACUCAACAAGUGUAGGUUAAAUACUCCAACCUCAAAAAAAUGGCGGAGAGGAAGCAACAGGUCGCCUUGAACGGCGCGCCUGUUUUUUUAGACAUGAAACGAGAGUACACGCGCGAUGGGAGAUCUAACGCCAAGGAUUACUACAAUUAUGGUCUAUGAUAAGUGAAUAGUCAAUCCUAAUUAAAAAUCUUUGCUACCUCUUGAAUGGGUACACUACUACUACUACUAAAGGCCUAAGCAACUGAACCAACUGCGCACUUUGUUCAUGAUCGAAGUGUGUUAGCUUGCCUUCUACAUGAUCUAAAUUUGUUAGCUUGCCUUCUACGUGAUCUAGAUGUGUUGGCUUUUGUUUCAUAGAAUGUCAUCGAAAUCAAGGACACCUUUUUUUUCGUGCACUUGUUCUCUAAUCUGGCAUGUUACUCGAGCAACCCGUGAUCGACAACGAGCUGAGACCGGAAAGGUGGCAAAAAAAUGGGUUUCAAGGCCACGUGCAAUACGUACAACUUUCCUACUUGUUAGCACUACUAAAGAUUAGAUUGCUUCCCGCCAGCGGCAGCGUGAAUGAAUGAAUUAGACUAUUUUUAGCACGUAGGUACUUACACCCCACGACUGCGCACACUCCUACUACUAUCCAUGUCUGUAGUCAAGCAUGUGGCAUGUGCUACACGUACUUUCCUUGUUACUAUCCAUCCAUACGUACUUUCCUUGCGAUGAUCAUCAUGUACUCCUAGCAUAGUGGCGGGACAAAGCAGUUCCAAUAGUGUCGCAAUCAAGCCACGCACAUGUGCAGUGCGUCCUUUUCAUCUCGUUGGUACUUCUACGGUGUAAAAGGGCUAGCUCUUUUUAGUCCAUUCCUCUAUUCACCCUGUCUAGGCCACGUACUACAGUAUUGCUCUCUCAAUUUUUGUAUGUAGAUCUUUCCUCUCUCACAAGCCCUCUUCCCCUCUCUAGAUCCUCUUCUCCUUCACUACAAUCCUCUGGAUUAAAAUCUUUCCUCUCUCACAAGCCCUCUUUCCCUCUCCUCUCCUUUUCUCCAGAUCCCGUACGUCGGUCGGUCCGAGAUAAGACCGGGAGAAAAACUGGUGAGGGAUAUCCAGGUUCCAACGUUCCCAAAGGAAAUGUCCCGACCACUCAAUAGGACUCAAAUGGCUAGAGCAACCGUCCAAAUCCGAGACUUUGCUAGUGGUACUAUAAGCAGCUUACUGGUUAUAAACCCCACCCUUCCUCAAGAUCAAGCACGAUGUACCCCUAGAAUGGGUUUACUACUACUACUACUACUACUACUACUGGUUAAUCUAUUUUCAAACACUGUUCGUUGACACUUUUGAGUUGUAGAGAUUUUUUAGUCUACUUCUAACAUCUAAAUUGGAUUAUAUUUAAGGUACUAGGGGACUUCUUGGAUUUAUUGCGACGUACUUACUUUCGACUCUUGUUUUUGUUAGUCUUGUUUGUUCUAGACGUGCAGAUGCUCAUCAUCACUCUCUGACAAUGACUGUAUCGUGCUGAACUGAUUUAAACUGCUACUUAAAAAACUGACACUCAUCUCAAAUUUGAAAUCCCUAUCGCACCCCUCUUCACGACGGACUUCCUAGAGAAAUUUACGAUCCCCAUCUUCUAAAAUUUUUCAAACAAAAAUCAUUGGAAAAUGCUGGAAUUCCAAUUUACUCCUCAAUUUACCUCCUCUUACUUGCGUCAAAAGAUACCUCCAGAACAGGUAAAUGAAUGAAUGAAUGAACUGUCUACUUCCAAUCCGAGUCCCUCAACAUAUGCACAUUCCCCUCGUCCCCACGACCUCUCAGAGAAAAACAACACUGGCCAUGAGGAAUAUAUGGCGACGAUGAAGGGAAACCAAAAAGAAGCGACAAAAAGGGAGUUCAGUGAAAAUCCAUACGUGUACAGCGUUAAGGCUCUCGAUAGUUCACCUGUUCGUCUAGGCUCAGAUGCAGAAAGUUGUGAGUUCUAGGUUCAGAGAAUUUUUAGACAAUUACAUCUAGAAUGAAUAGUGUACUGUAGUCAGUGCUACACGUUCUUUUGCACUGUUCUCUCUGCUUCAAAGUGUUGAGGGAGAUGGACUUUGGAGCAGAGAGAGCAGUUGCUUCACAAUGGGCUGGACCUCUGUGUAAGAGAAGUCACAGGAGAGCUCUCAAAGAGAGGACUCUGCUUCAAAGUCUCUCAAAGACGGAGAUGUGACUUCAAGUGUCUCUCUCUUUCUCACUCUGAACCGCUAACAGUGUGGAUAUCAGGCAACGGACAAAGGAGUACGACAAUCUGGACUCGACGUUGCGAGCGAGGAUGAGUGGUACUAUCUAAUAUUAAGUGGAGUUAUUAGUUAUUAGUUGUAGACACUGACGUUCUUUUUCUUAAGAAUGUAGAUGUAUCGAUUGUGAGUGUAACAUUGUAUAUCGAUUGUGAGUACUAUCUAAUAUUAAGCAUAUCGAUUAUUUAAUAACCUCCACUUAAUAGUGGCUAGUAGUUAGUCGCUUGCUUUCUCGUCCUCAAGGUUGAUCAUCCUUCAAUUCGUCUUUUCUACUACUUGUCCUAUUAAUAAUCAAUGUGUUUUAUUAGUUAUAGACACUGACGUUCUUUUUCUUAAGAAUGUAGAUGUCCUCCUUUUCGACUGCGUAUUAGUAAUGAACAGAGUUCUUGGAGACGAGUACGUCUAGUUCAUAUUAGAUAGUGGGGAGGUCGUUCGUAACCGUAUUCGCAAAAUAUUAGAUAUUUAUAGAUUAUAGAUCAUGUAGAAGACUUUUCUCGAACAUGUAACUCACUGCCAGAUGUGCGACCAGCGGGAUUGGCGUCGAUAAAUCCAACGUUGGGCACGGUGGGCGUGACCGCGAAUUUAGUCGGGAAUGUUAAGGCUUCUCUUAUAUGUAAAUGUAAUUCAUAUUUACCCAGUCACACACACUUUCAAAUGAUCUGGUGGGUUGAAGGCUUGCUACUUCUGUUGAUACUUACACUUUCGAAUCAUCUCUCUGGUGGACGUGGAGGUGGACAUAUAGAUAAAAUAAACGGAAGAUUGCAUUGCCCGACAGCAUGAG